AUGAAGAAAGGCAUCAUAGCGCUCUGCGCUCUUGCCGUUUCCGAUGCAAAAAGCCUUCACUUCCCUCACGAGAAGGAAAGUAGCAAAUCUCGUAAGGAAAUCAGCAGGAUGGAAGCCUCUAGUUUAAUCUCUAGUUUGGACAAGGGAGGUUAUCUACUUCCAAUGUCAUCUUAUGCUAAGGGAAAAGAUAAUAAUUCCGAGUCUGAUUCCUCCGAGGGGAAGAAGGAGAAGGAGAAGAAGGAAAAGAAGAAGAAGAAGAAAAAGAAGAAGAAGAAGAAAAAGAAGGAAAAAGAAAAGGAAAAAGAAGAGGAAGAAGGUGAGGGUGAAAAGAGAAAGAAGGACGAUAGUAAAGAAGACGAUGAUGAAGAAGAAGAAGAAGAAAAAAAAAAAAAAAAGCAUAAAAAAAAGAAGGACGAUGAUUAA